AAACUUGCCACUUGCCUCACUUGCCACUCGGAGAGUAAACAGAAGCAGUUACUAUUGAUUUUUUUUUAAUUUUCUACCCGACGUGACUGCUGCAUUUAAGUUCAAUACAAAUUAAUUUUUUUACACCGAAUAUUUAAAUUAUUGCAGAAGUGUACUAAAUCGAAAAUGAUCCGUUUUAUUUUAAUACAAAACCGAGCGGGCAAGACCAGACUUGCGAAAUGGUACAUGAAUUUUGACGAUGACGAAAAACAGAAGCUUAUCGAAGAAGUACACGCCGUGGUAACUGUAAGGGAUGCAAAACACACAAACUUCGUCGAAUUUAGAAAUUUCAAGAUAAUCUACAGGAGAUACGCUGGCCUCUACUUUUGUAUUUGCGUCGAUGUAGGGGACAACAACCUGUGUUACUUGGAAGCUAUACACAAUUUUGUGGAGGUACUCAAUGAAUAUUUCCACAAUGUAUGCGAAUUAGAUCUGGUGUUCAACUUCUACAAAGUAUACACGGUGGUAGAUGAAAUGUUUUUGGCCGGCGAAAUCAGGGAGACGAGCCAAACCAAAGUAUUGAAGCAAUUACUCAUGUUAAGUUCUUUAGAAUAGGCUACCUUAUAAAUUAUUUGUCUACUAUAUGAGUAAACAUUUGUACUAUUUAUUCCAUGAUAAUGUAUUCAUAAUUUUUUAUUUAUUAUAAAUCAUUAUUUUUAUUUAUUUAAAAUCAUUAUGUAAAAAUAAAAAGCUACUAUAGUUACAAUUCCUAUAUUAUACAUUUAUAGAUAAUAUACCAUACCGAGUUUAUUGUUCAAACAUUUUAGUGAUAAGAGAUAAUGUGACAUUACAGAAUAAUGAUCAAUGUCCCUCUGGGCCAGAGUAAAAAAAACUUAAAUUAGAUAAUUAAUGUCCUGUAUAUUUAUUAUUUUUAAGUAUAAAAUAAAUGGAUAGUUAUAAAUUAUUGAA